AUGAUCUCGGUUACUGAGGAAGCAUUGAUCUUCCUCACCAACGUCGGGCGUUUUUUCGUCAGCCUCCUCCCGACGCAAGCCACCCAAGCUUUCAAGACUGGUCGUGUUAACACCAGUAUCGCCACCGGCGCAGAGACAGAAGAGCAUAUCUAG